GGCUCAGCAAGCGACCCUCGACAACAAAUAUAUGCUUGGAGAUGAGAUUGGGAACGGACCAUACGGUCGAGUGUACAAGGGUUUGGACUUGGAGAAUGGAGAUUUUGUUGCAAUAAAGCAAGUGUCAUUGGAGAAUAUUGCACAGGAGGAUCUUGAUGCCAUCAUGCAAACGAUUGACUUGCUUAAGAAUUUGAACCACAAAAACAUAGUGAAAUAUCUUGGAUCCUUACAGACAGAGACACAUCUCUAUAUAAUCCUCGAGUAUGUGGAGAAUGGCUCACUUGCAAACAUCAUUAAGCCCGAAAACUUUGGGCCGUUUCCUGAAUCAUUGGUUGCUGUUUAUAUAGCUCAGGUUUUGGAAGGCUUGGUUUAUUUACAUGAACAAGGGGUCAUCCAUCGGGAUAUUAAGUGUGCUAAUAUUCUGACUACUAAAGAGGGUCUUGUAAAAUUGACGGAUUUUGGGGUUGCCAUGAAGCUAACCGAGGCUGAUGCUAAUACACAUUCGGUUGUCGGAACACCUUACUGGAUGGCUCCUGAGGUUAUUGAAAUGUCUGGAGUUUGUACUGCAUCUGAUAUAUGGAGUGUCGGUUGUAUUGUGAUUGAGCUACUUACUGGUGCACCUCCUUAUUAUGAUCUUCAACCCAUGCCUGCGCUCUUUAAGAUCGUUCAGGAUGAGAAUCCAACGAUACCAGAUAGCUUGUCACCCGACAUAACUGAUUUUCUUCUCCAGUGCUUUAAAAAGGAUGCUAAGCUGAGGCCCGAUGCAAAGACGCUGCUUUCUCACCCGUGGAUACAAAACUCUAGGCGCGUUGUAUGAUAAAUGAAUGCACCUAUUUACCAUAAAUGUGUUUAAGCCUGAAAGGGGCGAACCAAAAUUCUAGGCGUGUUGUAUGUGUUGGAAAAUACUUAUUUGUUAAAUUACAUAAUUGACUUUACGCCAUUUA